AUGAAGCUUGCCCUCCUCCCACUUGCCGCGGUGGUCAGCGCCGUCGCUCCUCGUGACCCCCCUCCGAUGAACAGCAAUCCUGUUCAGACUGGAGGCGAGACCACGCCUACCCAAAGCCUCACCAUUUUGCCAAUCGUCUCCGUGACAGACGUCCCGACCACCACGAGCUCGGAUAAGAUCACUCUCCCAAUCCUAACCUCCCCGUUUACACACUCUACGCACACCAUGCCUCCAUCAUCUCCUGUGCCUACUUCCUUGCCCACCAACAGUGAUGGCUCGACUUACUCGUCCCCCUACCCCACCAACUCAACCAGCUCCGGAAUGUUCACUCACAACUCAACGACUUCCAGCGGAACGGCUCCCAUCGGAAGUGGCACAAGUGGAAGUGGCACGACUGGCUCUCAAACGACUGGCUCCCCAACGAGUUCUGGGACAGGCAGUUCAUCCUCUACCGCUGCCGCUGCUGUCGCAACUGCCAAUGUGCUCGCCGGUAUUGCCGCCAUUGCUGGUCUCGUGAUGGCCGCCUAA